AACGCGAGCGCCUCCUGGUGGACGGAGACCAGUUUAACAACGGAGCAGCAAGCAAACGACAGGGGGAGAAAAAUGGCGGACUUCAGGAAAAGCUGUCCUGUGUUUUUGCCCUGCCGUGUUAGCAACACACGUAAAGCGUCGCUUCAAGGGAAGCUUUUCCUCUUCUUUUGUAUUCUUAUAGUGGACUCCGGAGGAGCUACGACCCACUGGGUGGUCACGGAGGAUGGGAAAAUUCAACAGCAAGUGGACUCUCCUCUGAAUCUUAAGCAUCCUCAUGAUGUUGUCAUCUUCAUGAGGCAAGAAACUCGUGUGAACUACCUCAAGAAACUGGAGAAGCAGCUGGUAGCGCAGAAGAUUCACAUUGAGGAGAAUGAGGACAGAGACAUGGGUCUGGAGCAGCGGCACUAUAAAGAAGAUCCAGACUGUGUCAUGGCUAAGGUGCCCCUGGGUGACCUGGAUCUGUACGAUGGCACGUUUAUUCCCCUGGAAAGCAAAGACAUCAACCCAGAGGAUUAUCUGGAUCCUCACUCGGCGCUGCCUCCGGAUCUAGAAAAGCCAGACUGUGCAAAACUGUUUGAACUACCUUAUAGUAUCCAUGCCUUCCAGCAUCUCAGGGGGGUCCAGGAGAGGUCAAACCUGACAUCUCCCAUUCUCUCUAAAGAAGAUCCCAUUUUUAGUUCGUUGCCUCCAAAUCUGGGUCGAAGUGUUGAUGAGGUGGCCCAUCGCAUCCAUCAAGGUCUACUUAUGAAUUCAUCAUCCUGGGUGCUGUACAACAUGGCAUCAUUUUACUGGCGUAUGAAGAACGAGCCUCAGCGGGCAGUGGACUGUGUAGUCCGUGCUCUGCAUUUCUCCCCAAGGCAGCAUAAGGAUGUAGCACUGAUCAACAUGGCCAACAUCCUGCACCGUGCCCAUUUCUCAGCAGAUGCUGCUAUUCUCGCCCACGCCGCCCUUGACCUCACCUCAGAUCUCUUCACCAGCCACUACACCUUGGGCAACAUUUAUGCUAUGCUCGGGGAAUACAACCACUCAGUUUUGUGUUACGAGCAGGCUCUGCAGGCCCAGCCGGGCUUUGAGCAGGCCUUGAGGAGGAAGCACGCCGUGCUGUGUCAGCAAAAACUGGAGCAACGCCUGGAGGCCCAGCAUAGAUCCCUGCAGCGGACUCUGAACGAACUGAAGGAGUACCAAAAGCAACACGACCACUACCUCCGCCAGCAGGAGUCACUGGACAAGCAUAAGCUGCUGCAGGAGGAGCAGAUCUUACGGAACAUCAUCCACGAGACCCAAAUGGCCAAAGAAGCCCAACUUGGAAACCACCAGAUGUGUGAAAUGGGUCAGCAGCAGCGCGGCCUGUUCUGCCCCCACGACCUGCCUGUGCGCUAUCAUCGAGGUGACCGCUUCGAACACGUCCACUAUGUUCAGUUUGGAGAAGAAGUGUCUGUGGCGUCGAGUGUGGCGCUCGUGUCAGAGCGCACUUCAAACCAGUCGGCAAACAGCCCCCCACUCCAUCCCUCUGUGUCGGGGAACCAGGACCCCGCUGCUGUGCUGUGGGGCAACAAUCGGGGUUACACGCAGGACAUUCAGAGGAUCUUGUGGCCUCAGAGGGCUCACUGUUUCCACGAGUACCCACACCUGCCCCCCGCUCACCUGCUGCCGACCUUUUACCUUCCUCCUGAAACGCAAGGCCUCAGCUCGCUGGAAACUCUCCUUCAUGGGAGCAGCAAUCCACCAGAGACUGUGGCUCUGCCAGAUUGUAACCCGUUCCCUCAACCGUAUCCAGCCCUGCUGCCCGCAUCCUUAGACUGGUCCUUGGAGGAGAAGGAGCUGCCAGAUCCCUUCGCCGCUGAGAUACUGCGGUCACGGCGCAGCGGGCAGACUCUGGAGCAGAUUGGUACCACCAUAGCAGAAGCAAUGAAACAAGCCACGACUCCCCGCUGGCAGAUCCACAACGAGGCAGCUUUAUUUUGGCGGGCCAAAGGCAACGGCAGCCGCGCGCUGCAGUGUCUCCGCCAAGUCUUGAGCUCCGCUCCGCCUUCACAUCACCACUUGCCCCUCGCCAACGCCGCUAACCUGCUACUGCACUACGGCCUGAGCAGCCAUGCGCAAACACUCCUGGAGCGCGCUCUGGCACUCAAUGCCUCUGAGCCCCACACCCUGCUGGGCCUGGUGAGCGUGCAUUUGGCUCAGAGCAACGUGACAGGUGCUCUGGCUCUGUUCCGACACGUCCUGGAGACGACCCUCACCUCCUCCUCGGCCUUCUCCUCCUUCGCCGGCUGUGAGCAGUGUCGCUCCGCCUUACCUUUGCUGCGCUGUCUGCAGUUCUACCCUUCCCUUUACAAUCUUUCACACAGAGAGCCCUGUUCACAGGACGGGGGCUGCCUGGCUCAGGAGGACCUGGGCAUUCAGCUGGAGGAGUGGGAGAGCAGUGAGGAGAAGCAGGAGGCUCCCGCCAUCGAGGACACGCUGCUCUUUGAGAAGGUCAUCGUGGACAGCAACGGCUCAGGCGAAGCAGCCGGGCAGCGCCAGCAGCAGGUGUCUCCUUCUACGUCAGGAGCCGCUUCCUCCUUUGGAGACGAAGGAGGGCCGAAAGAGGAGGAGUGGCAGCUGAACGAAGACCUGAUGGGGGCGUUUGAGGGAGCACUGGAUGUCGGGGGAAAGCGAGGGGACCUGCGAGGGAUCCGGGUCCUGAAGAAUGACCGCGUGAUGGGGGCCCGCGUGGGAAGUGGGCCCUGCUUUGGAAACUGUGAGGACGAUGACGGAGCGGAAUGGAUCACCUUCCAGGUAAAACGGGUUAAAAAGGCGAAGAUGGAGGAGUCGGAAAGUGCUGCAAUGUCUGAUGAAAUCUCCAUCAGGGAUUCGGUACCAGGAGGGCAUUCUGUUUUGGAAAUCAGCGGUCCAACUAUCCCAUCACCUGGUCCUUCUGGUCGCUGGAAGGACUACACUAGCCUGGGGUGGCCAGGACCAGAGGAGUGUCAGCGGACGAGGAGGGUCGACCUCACCACUGUAGCCAGCACUUGGCUGGCUGUUUCUGCUAAGAAUAUUGACAUCACAGAGCACAUAGACUUUGGCACACCACUCCAGGAGCCAGCAGUGGAACCUUUAUGCAAUGCCAACCUAGCAGCCAGCAUGCACACCCUCGACCACCUGGCCGGGGUCGCCAACCGCGCCGCCAUCCACUACACCGGGGAGAGCCAGCUGCGCGAGGUGCUGCAGAAUCUCGGCAAAGAUAAAUUCUCCCCUCAGUCCUUUGAGCAAGUGGGAACUCGCAUCGCCAAAGUGCUGGAGAAGAACCAGACGUCUUGGGUUCUAUCCAGCAUGGCUGCACUGUACUGGAGGGUGAAAGGUCAAGGCAAGAAAGCCAUCGACUGUCUGCGCCAGGCCCUUAACUACGCCCCCCAUCACAUGAAGGAUGUUCCACUGAUCAGUCUGGCCAACAUCUUUCAGAACGCUCGCUUAUGGGAGGACGCGCUAACCGUGGCCCGCAUGGCCGUGGAGAUCGCCCCGCAUUUUGUAGUGAACCACUUCACUCUUGCUAAUGUUUAUAUCGCAAUGGAGGAGUUUGAGAAAGCCAUGCACUGGUACGAGUCGACUCUGAAGCUGCAGCCAGAGUUUGCUCCUGCCAAAGAUCGCCUGAGAACCAUUCAGUGCUACCUGCUCACCAAGCGAGAGCGGCGUCAGCCCUGAGGCCCCCGGAGCAUCACCGACUCGCUCGGAGCCGCCACAUUCUCGGAUACACUGCUGCAAAAAUACAUAUGAAUGCAAAAAACAUUUCAGCUUCCUAAAUUGGCUAAUUUAAACCAAAACGUCAAUUUUUUUCUUUCUUUCUAUGUUGAGAACCGUCCCCAAAAAUGAGGUUUUAAGUUUCCUGAAGUAGAUAAUGUUUCCCCACAAAUGCAAGAGCUGCUUUUGCCAUCCAUCAAAUCAAAGAAUAAUUUAUUUUUGCUAGGAUUUCUUGAAUUGACGAUGAUUCAAAGUGGGAAAAAAAGUGAAGGUUCAGCUAAUGAAUAAUGAUUGAAUUGGAAUUAAUGGUUCAGGUUUAAUUCUGAAAUAAGCUUAAGGAUAAAAGGUGGCAUGAACAUAAAAUAAAAACGUGGCCAUUAUUGAAAAAACAUUUUAAGUUAACACGGUAAAUAAUUUAUUUUAAUUUUUGAAAGACGAUUGAAAGUGUUUGAGUUUUUUUCUGAACUCGUAAGGUUCAGUUUGAAAUGAACAAAGUCUGCCCUCGCUGUUUGUGCUUCCAAAAGUGGAUGGAAAUCCUCAGUUUUUGCACUUUUAUUUUUACUAUCAUUCCUAUUUAUAUCAGACCUAACAUCUGAUCUUUGCUAAAAAAAAAUCUAAUUUAAAAACAGAAGUGGUUAAAAAUAAUGAAAAAAACUAUGCUAUUGCAUUUGCUUCUUGGUUGAUGAAAAUCAUCGGGCAGAAAAGGGAUCAUAAAUCUUGACUUAUAACAAAAGAACAAUCUGUAAUAAAUGUGCAGUAUUAAG